AUGAAGACGCCAACCUCGCUCUCCGCCGCCCUCGUCCUGUCCGUCCUCGCAGGCGCAGGCCUGGCCACCUCGCUCCCCUCGACCCCAAGAGAUGGCCAGCAGCCGCACGUCGUUCAGCGCGCCGCGUCGAGCUCCGGCUGGACGCCACCGCCAGUCUCCGAUGGUUCGCGCCCAGCCUCGCUCGACGGCAUGGGCCGCAGCCUGUGGAUCAACAACUCCAACGACUUCUGCCUCCUGAUGCCGCCCAACCCCGUCAAGCAGGACAUCGUCGGGGCGCUCGACAACGCGGUCUCGUACUGCAUCAACCCGGUCAACGACACGCGGCCGAUGCCCGAUGGUUUCCUCAAGACGGUUCACUACCGCCACAGCGACAAGUGGACCCAGGUCACGGGCACCUACGACCCCGGUGCCAUGCACCUAUCGCCCGACGACUGCGGCAGCGAAUACGACUCGGUCGCGCCCAAGGGCGUCAAGCUGUCGGAUGGCAAGUUCUUCUUUCAGUUCCUCGGCGGGUGCGGCGGGACGGGGUCGGGCGGCACCUUCUGCAUGCGCAUCUGCGACGACUACGACUACUGCUCGAGCGCCUACGACCAGCUGGGCUGCGCCUACGUCGCACCGGGCGACUAUGAGCAGCCGCGCGCCUUUACCGAGUGCGAGGCCGACGCCGACGACCCGGUCAUGGUCUACUCGGGCACGUCGACCUUCUACCAGGGCAUGAAGCCGACGCCGCCGCCGCGGAGCGCGCCCAAGUCGUCGUCGUGCAGCACGUGGGCGUCGCCGACGCCGUCGGGCGUGACGUACAGCUGGGCGCAGACGUCGUCGCGGCGGCCGUCCAAGGGCAGCGCAUCGGCCAGCAGCGCGCUCCCGACGAGGCCGGCCACGCUCGUAUUCCCGAGCAACGGCUCGUCGUCGUCGCCUUCAUCGUCGACCGGGUCCGCCCCGCCGUCGGACUCGACUGCAAGGCCAACGGGCGCCACUCCCACGCCAUCGUCGCAGCAGCAGACCAACGGCGGGCGUUCCGACGUCCAGCUUGGCGGGGCCGCGCCGCUUGCCGCCAUUGCAGCCACGGCGCUCGCAGUGUUGCUGGGCAGCAGCUCGUAUCUGGUCGCGGGGUUCCUGUUGCUCUAG